CAGCGUUCUUAUCGCGGGGUUGUCCAGUCUCUGACCGAAAAUCAGCAACCAUUAGUAAAUCCGCGAUCGUUCAUACAACAUGCAGAAGUCGUUGAUCUGCCUGCUCGUUUUUGCGUGCCUGGGUAUUGGUACUUGGGCAAUCGAUGGUGUAAAGGGUGGACAUCGACCACGUUACCCUACGAGCGGAAGUCAGCAUAGUGGUACUAAUUCAACAAAUGGUCUUUGCUACAAGACAGUGCCAUAUAGCCAUGUCUUAGCUCUGAACUCCAGUGGAUCGCCUUAUAAUACCAUUCCCCAACCAACUGAAGGCAGUCAACCCAGUAACAGCGGUUGGAUCACCAUCUUGGACUGUUGCGACGGCUACCGGCGCAACGUGACGACCGGUCGAUGUGAGCCACAUUGCGAUCGCGGCUGUUUCGGCGGCCACUGCACUGGACCGAAUAUCUGCAGCUGUCAAGAAGGAUGGCGUGCCGAGGAAGGUGUUUGCAUGCCCGUCUGCACAUACCAGUGUCAAGAGAACGCUUAUUGCUUCUCUCCCGAGGUGUGCGUGUGUAAACUUGGCUACGACGAGAUCAACGGCGAGUGCAAGCCGAUCUGUCCCAAUGGAUGCAGGAACGGCGAAUGCGUGGCGCCGCGCGUUUGCAGGUGCAGACCGGGAUUCGUUCUGAAUGAUCGCAAGGAGUGCAUGGCCGCAUGCGAGGGCGGCUGCGCGCACGGCGAGUGCACCGCGCCAGGUGUAUGCACCUGUCACGAAGGGUACUCGAAUCCUACCAACGACUACGAGUCCUGCGUUCCUCAUUGCCCAGGUGGUUGCAUCGGCGGCAAUUGUAUCGCUCCCGGUCAAUGCAAGUGCGCGUCGGGCCACGACCCAGACUCUCACGGCAGAUGCAAUCCCGUACACUCGAGGAACUGUACUGACGGCGUGUGCGACGCACCGGACUCAGGCAUGUGCAGGCCAGGCUACAAGAACGACUACUACGGCAAUUGCGUGCCAGACUGUCCAGGUGGUUGCGUCGGCGGUGAUUGUGUCUCGCCCGGACGAUGCCAGUGCAGGCCGGGCUAUACGCUGAGCCGGAGCGGUGUGUGCACAUCGACCAUACCGGGCGCAUCGCAAUGUGAUUACGGAUAUGUGCUCGAUCCCUCCAGCGGCAGAUGCAUCCCUAUACCGCCGACCAACCCGUCGCAAUCCGGCGACUGCAGAUACGGCUGCGGUACGCACGGCGUUUGCGUCGGGCACAAUCGCUGUUCCUGCCAGCCAGGAUACAGCAACGAUCCCGAUACCGGUAGAUGCGUCCCCAUCACGACCUCCAACUCGACCUCAUACUGCAGACACGACUGCGGCCCGAACGCCCGGUGCGCCGCACCGAACGUGUGCGUCUGCGACUCGGGUUUCUUCAACGAUCCCAAUAGCGGUAGAUGCGUCCGUUAUGAGGGGGAAGAUACAGAUGUGGUUUGCUCGCAUCAUUGCUUGAACGGUCAAUGCACCGGACCGAAUCAGUGUACUUGUAACCGCGGAUACACGCUCGACAUUAGAGACCCCACGCGCUCUAUAUGCUUGCCGGUGUGCUUCGGCGGGUGCCCGAACGGUGUGUGCACCAUGCCGAAUUAUUGCAUUUGCAAUCUCGGAUAUCGGAAGGAGUCCGGGGUCAAGGGCCGUCAGAGGUGCGUCCCAGUGGAGUUGACAACGCGACGUACGUUGGACUCUAACGCAUUAAUCGCUCGUCUGUUAUCGCGGCUACUUAAAACACAUCUUAUACAGUUAAUCAUUAUGAAGUUCUGGUGUGUUAUAUGUAUAUGUAUUUCCGGCAUUCUACAAACCGUACAUACUCAUCCAGACCAACACAAGUUUGUGACUUGGAAAGAGAAAUUGUGCAAUAAAAUCGUCAGUCACCAAGAAUCCAAAAAAGUCCCGUAUUUAGAAACGUAUAAAAAUAACAUAACAAGCAUAUAUCAUAGAAACAAACCUCAAUGGAAUUUUAAGACUGAGUAUUACACAGUAACAUACAGAACAAAAGUAUGUUGCGACGGAUAUAGAGAGACAAAUAAUUCUAUGUGCGAACCAAUUUGCGAGCCGCCUUGCGGAAACGGCACAUGCAUAUACCCGCAUAAAUGCGAGUGUCCCAUGGGAUAUAGACUUAACAAGAAAACUACCGAAAUCAUUAGUAACGGUAUGUCACACUUUAUUCCUAAAUGGACAUGCGAACCGACUUGCGGUACGGGAUGCAUUAAAGGCAUUUGCAUGGACAAAAAAAAUCCUUGUCCGUGCAAUGAAGGAUAUCGUUUAAAAUAUUUUGUAUCUUUUAAGGACAUGUUACAUGAAAAUCUCUGCGAAGCCAUUUGCGAGCCGAGUUGCAUAAACGGUAUCUGUAGUAAGCCCAACGUGUGUAAGUGUAGUGUAGGUUACCGUCUAUCGACGAACUCCACGAAUGAGUGUGAACCUAUCUGCAACCCGGCCUGCAGGACAAAUGAAAUCUGCAUAGCGCCCAACGCCUGCACUUGCAAGGAAAACUAUCACGUAAAGUAUAACCGCCAGAACAUAUUAUUGUCUAAAUGUGUACCGACCUGCAAAGGCGACUGUGGUAACGGUACGUGCAUUGCGCCAAAUCUAUGCAAGUGCGUCUGGGGUUACCAAAAUACAAAAGAAGGCGGAUGUGAGCCCAUCUGCAAAAUGUGUAACAACGGCAUUUGCGUCGCACCUGGAGUCUGCAAGUGUCAUUACGGAUGGACCGGGAAAUAUUGCGAUGAUUACGCUAUAUGCAUCUUAAUCUUAGAUAAUAACGAAAAUCGCUCUCAGACGCUGAAGAUCAUUGACGAAAAUUCCACGACUAAAAAUAUUCUCAUGAAUAAUCCAGCAUGCCCAGAAUGCAUUAAUAAAUUAAACAAUGAAAUCUCGUGCUUUAGGAUGUAUCGCAUCAACGAUACAAAAGAUACAGCACCAAUCGGCUGUUUAAUGGAUAUAGAAUGUUCUGAAUUGUGGAGGCAAUAUAAAAAUCGAAAAGCAAUUUUAACACAAAUCGCAAUAUAUCUCGGAAUAUUAAUUCUAACACUAGGUCCUCUGAUGAUAUAUACUUUACUACGGAAAUAUCGAAACUAUCAGCUACAAACUAUAGACACUGGAAGAACGCAUUACGAUGGUCAGUCUAAAUAUUACAGAGCACAUGUUCACAUCGUAGAGAAACUAGAAAUCAUGGGAUUACUCAGAAGUUUGGUCGCUAUUCUGACUGUCAGAGUAUUGUUAUUAGAAGUAGCUACUGGGAGAAGCUACUGGAAUUGGUCACUUAGACCAAUUGAAUUCCGCACCAUAACUCCUUCAUAUUCAGCAGAUUAUAAACAGCUUAUGGUAUCCCCUAAAAUGGAUAAUCUCGAAAAAGAAAAGUGUACUGAAAUAGUCAGUCAUAAGAUACCGCAAUACGUUCCUUAUACGGAAACAUAUAGAACGAGAUCAUGGACCGGAUUUUAUCAAAUCAAGACUCGUCUGAAUUAUAAAAUAGAGUAUCAUACUAUACACACUGUAAGACCAACGUGCUGCGAGGGUUAUCAGAAAAUCGGCCUGAAUUGCGUGCCAUAUUGUGAGACGCCCUGUGAAAAGGGAACCUGCAUAGCUCCAAACACAUGCAAGUGCAAUGCGGGAUACCAGAUUAUGGAAGGCACAAAUGGCACAAAGUGCCAACCGAUAUGCGCGAACGGCUGCAUUAACGGCACAUGUGUCGAACCUAAUAUUUGCAAAUGCAACGAGGACUACUGGAUGAGCGCGGACGGGAUCACUUGUCUUCCCAUCUGUCAAAAAGAGUGCGAGAGCAACCACGGAUUCUGUGCCAAGCCGUACGUCUGCUCUUGUCACUUAGGUUACAGAAAUGUUCUCAAUGUGUCCAGGUGUGAACCUAUCUGCGAACGCGAGUGCACGAACGGUUACUGUAUAGCGCCUAACGUUUGCAAGUGCGCGGACGGUUACGAGGUAGACGAGUUCGAUCCGAACUUCACCUGCGGGCCGAAGUGCAGCGAGGGUUGCGUUUACGGCACGUGCACGGCGCCCGAGACUUGCACUUGUGACCACGGUUACAAGGCAGUAAACGCGAGCAUCUGCGAACCGAUUUGCAGCGAACCCUGUAAGAUGGGAGUCUGCGUGGCGCCCGAGAGCUGCGGCUGCAACGACGGUUAUGGACUCAUCGCCGACUCCAAAUACAUUUGCGAGCCGAUCUGUGAAUUCAAUUGCAACAACGGUACGUGCACCGCGCCGGGAGUAUGCACCUGCGACGAGGGUUUCUUUUAUGACAACAGUACAGAAACAGUAUGCAAGCCGCUUUGCGACAUCCCCUGCGGAGCGAAUGGAGAGUGCACAUCGCCCAAUAAUUGCACUUGCUUCGAGGGAUACCACGCGGUUCCCUUAAACACCUCCAAUAUAAUCGACAAUUCUACGGAAGAGUUUCGCUCCAUCUGUCAGCCAAUUUGUGAUUUCGAAUGUGCUAAUGGCAAAUGUACCGCGCCAAACGUAUGUACCUGCACCAAAGGGUAUCGUCCAACUUGGAUCGGGUCUCUCCAACAAUUCCUCUUGUUCGACAACAACACGUCACACAUCUGUGAACCAGUUUGUAACCCUCCCUGUGGGACUAAUGGAAUAUGCACUGCACCCAAUGUUUGCACCUGCAAAGACGGUUACACGAAAAAUAAGGGCGACUAUUGCGUGCCUCUUUGCGCACAGGGCUGCGCUAACGGCACAUGCACGGAGCCAAAUCGUUGCACGUGCAACGACGGCUUCAAGCCGCAAAACGAAAGCGCCUGCGAGCCGAUCUGCGAGCACGGUUGCGAGAACGGUGACUGCGUCGCGCCGAAUGAUUGCGUCUGUCACGAAAACUUUGUGAAAAACACUGGUUACCAUUUCGUGGCGGAAUGCAUUCCCGCGUGCACCCGUAAUUGCAGCGGGCACGGCGAGUGCGUCAUUGAUUAUGAGUACAAUUGCAAUUGCAACUUCGGAUGGAAAGGAUGGGAUUGCGAAGAACCGACUAUGUGUGUUGUAACGAUGAACUUCAGUCAACGCGCUAACUAUAUAACCGAUAGGAUCACGAUCUUUAACGACACGGAUAGCGCAACUGCGCAAACACUCGCGGACGCGCCGUAUUGUUAUCACUGUGAUAGCUUUCUCAGUAACGAAUCGCUCUGCUACAUGGUGUACUCUGACGAAGCCAACGCUACGACUUCAACUGUCAGUUGUUUACUUAGCAUAGACUUGCCUUGUUACACGACACCUCGUUACAACGCUUCGUUUAAUAGUGCCAAAAUAGUUUGGCCCGUCGCCUCUGUCACCAUAUUAAUCGUGAUAGGUUUAACGGCGACAACGUACUUAAUGUAUCGCAGGCAUCAAAGGAAUCAAAGGAAACUGACCGCAGGUAACUCGACGGCCCAUUUAAUGCGAAAUCCUUCCAUCAUCGAAUCUUUAUCCUGCGAAAAUUCAAGUGAAGAAUAAUUCAUAUGAAGAACAUCAACGUAAAGAUAGUCGUUGACUAGUGAUUAAUUAGAUUGUGGUGCUUUAUUGCUUACGCAGCAUUUUCUAGAAGAUUAAUAGCAUUCAACCAAUAGUUGCUAUUACCAACAACGUUGCCGCACGCGAUUCUAAUAGAGUUGAUUAUUUUUUUAAACAAAUGUGUACCAAAAUGUUUCUUAAUAAAGUAACAAAAUGAAACAUUA